AUGAAAAAGAAAGAAAAGGCCGAAAAGAGAGCGCGCGAUGAGUACGAAAGAGAGAUGCGAAAGGCUCGCGAAGAAAAAAGACAGCAAGAAGAGCAAAGAAAGGAAGAGGAGCGCGCGAAACAGAGAGAAGAAGAGGAAUUGCGAGCUCGUCUUGCGGAAGAAGAGCGUUUACGACGCGAGGAAGAAGAAUACGCGAAGUGGGAGCAGUUUAUCACACUGGAGGGCGAAGGUACCGAUGCCAAGGAAGAUCUUUUCUCCAAUCAGGAGCGACUGGACUCGUUUAUCGACACACUGCGAAGCAGAAAAGUCGCAGACAUUGAUGAAAUCGCAUCGGAAUUCAACAUGACGCAAGAAGUUUGUGAUGAAGUGGAGGAAGCGAUCAAGCGACUAGAAGAUGAAGGAAAACUCACUGUGUUGGUGGAUGAUCGAGGAAAGCUUGUCUAUGUGACGGAAGAAGAGAUGCAGAAGAUCGUCGAGGUAAUCAAGGAGAAUGGGCGCAUUUCUUUAAAGAAGUUAACUGCGCUUUGCAAUUACAUUUCAUUUUUGUGGAUUGCGUGCAUUAUGGAGGACGAAGAGUAUCAAUUUGAGUCCAAUCUGGAGGAGGAAGAGGAUUAUGGAUUUGGGGAGAGUAGUGAUGAAUCGACCGAGGAAAUUGUCGAUUAUGAGGGAAUGAAAAAUGCGCUGGAGCUGUUUCAACAGUCCGAUAUUGCGAAGGAAGCACUGGAAAACGGAGUGGAUCUAGUCGAGUACGAGCAGAAAAUCGUGAGCGACCUCACUGCGGCUUCUCAGGCAUCGGUUGCGGAUUAUAUUGCUGAGAGUAGAGAUUAA